AAGAUGGCAUGGAUUGAACCCGUGCCGCUCUGUGCUCACUUAGCCGUGUCUGCUGGGCUACUGGAGAGGACUGGGAGAGGGAGGAGAGAAAGAGCAGCGUAGCAGCGGGCACCACACACCACCACACCAGCCCGAAACCCAGAAAUAAAGGCGAACUUAGCUUGUAUACGCACGAUUUUUUUUUUUUUUUUUUUUUUUUUUUACUUUGGUCACCGACAUGGCUGUUCGCGCAGACCAGCACAGCGUCCCGGGGAUUUAGGCGAUAGGGCCGGGUCGUUUAGGGACUCUGCUCGACACGACUCGAAAGUCAGAAGGAAAGAAAACAACAACACUGGGAAAAAAGACGCGGAUUACACACAACAGUGACAAUAAAACAACGCUCCCCGACAAGUGGUCCUGCUUGGAGCGGAGCGUGAAGUCCGGACAAAAAUCAAAACGGGAAACAUUUGGUGAAUUUAAUAUUGUCUUUCAAAUGUUGUUAAUGCUCGUCUCCAAGUGCCGUUUCGGUGUGAACUUUAAACUCAGGAAACAAUGAAGACAUAGCGAGGAGCGAGGACUCAUCAAGUGUCUCGAAGCUGUUAGCCGUCCUGGAGCUAAGUUAGCUGUCGGCUAGCCUUAGCUGCCUAGCUCAACGCGUUUCUGAGAAACUUUUGGUGUUGUUUCCCUGCAGCCCAAACGCUGAAGGACUGUUGUAAGAAAGGAGGGGGAGGGCAGGUUCCCUUCUGGACUUUAUCCCCUCUACGUAUUUUCCUAAUAUGAUGGCUGCGGAGGUCAGCGGGGAGGAUACGGGCUCGGUCUCGGCGGGGACGGUGGUGGCAGGCGGAGGAGGCCCCGAGACGGCCCCUUUCUCCUACUAUCCCGAUCCAAGCAGAGUGCUAGUCACUGAUUUGGGACAAAGGCCAGCACCGACGCUCCGCCAACAUUCAAACACCUCUCCGGACUCUCUUCCCGACAUGAGCGUGAUCUAUCCCGUGUCUAGUAGUGGGGACAUGGCCGGACCAGUGAUGUUCGCAACAGGGAGUGGCGGAGCAGGAGGUGGAUAUUUGGUUUUUCAAGGAACAAGCUCAGGGACAUCAGGCAGCAUGUGCUGCUCGCCCACUUUGGAGGGUCCGGCUAUCCGGAUUUCUCCCACAUCAACCGGCCCGGACGGGUCCACUGCCUUCCCCCCACUGCCACCACCUCCUCCGCCCCCUCCAGGCUGCGGGGGGCUCGGAGGCACCAUGGAUGAAAGCGACAUGCAGGAUGGGCCGGAGUACGAGGAAGAAGAGGUGGUGUUCCCCCUCUCUGCACCUCCCACUAACCAGUGGUACCAUGGCAAGCUAGACCGAACCAUCGCUGAGGAGCGUCUGCGCCAGGCCCGGAAUCCUGGCAGCUACCUCAUCAGGGAGAGUGACCGCCGGCCCGGUUCAUUUGUCCUGUCUUUCCUCAGCAUGACCAGCGUGGUCAACCAUUUCAGGAUCAUCGCCAUGUGCGGGGACUAUUACAUUGGUGGGCGGCGGUUCUCUUCUUUAUCAGACCUGAUUGGUUACUACAGCUAUGUGUCGUGCCUGCUGAAAGGAGAGAAGCUGCUAUCGCCAGUGGCGCCUCCAGAGCCCGUGGAAGACAGGAGGAGGGUCAGGGCCAUACUUCCAUACACCAAAGUGCCAGAUACUGAUGAGAUCAGCUUCCUGAAAGGGGACAUGUUUAUUGUUCACAAUGAACUGGAUGAUGGCUGGAUGUGGGUGACUAAUGUUCGCACGGAGGAGCAAGGACUCAUUGUGGAGGAUCUGGUGGAGGAGGUGGGCCGGGAGGAGGAUCCACAUGAGGGAAAAGUCUGGUAUCAUGGAAAAAUCACCAAGCAAGAGGCCUACAACCUCCUGAUGACAGUUGGCCAGGUGUGCAGUUUUCUAGUCCGGCCGUCAGACAACACACCUGGGGACUACUCCCUCUUUUUUCGCACCAAUGAAAACAUCCAAAGGUUUAAAAUCUCCCCCACCCCCAACAAUCAGUACAUGAUGGGGGGGAGGUACUACAACAGUGUUGACGACAUCAUCGACCAUUACAAGAAGGAGCAGAUUGUUGAGGGUUACAACCUGAAAGAACCAGUAUCUGUUCAGCAGCAAGAACAAGUGCUUACUGACACAGUGGAUGGGAGAGAAAUCUAUAACACUAUCAGACGGAAAACAAAAGACGCUUUCUACAAAAACAUUGUCAAGAAAGGCUACCUCCUCUUCAACAAAGGCAAAGGCAAACGGUGGAAGAACCUUUACUUCAUCCUGGAGGGGAACGAUGCUCAGCUCAUCUAUUUUGAAAGCGAGAAGAGAGCCACAAAACCCAAAGGGCUGAUCGACCUAAGCGUGUGCUCUGUUUAUGGUGUGCAUGACAGUCUGUUUGGCAGGCCAAACUGUUUCCAGAUUGUUGUUCAGCACUUUAGUGAGGAGCAGUACAUAUUCUACUUUGCGGGGGAGGCUCCAGAGCAGGCGCAGGACUGGAUGAAAUGCCUUCAGACUUUCUGUAGUAACUUAAGGAAAACCACUCAGCCCACCUCCAACAAGAGGCUCAGACAGGUGAGCAGCUUGGUGCUGUAUGUGGAGGAGGCCCACAAGUUGCCAGGGAAGUAUUUCACCAACCCCUACUGUAACAUCUACCUGAACAGUGUCCAGGUCGCAAAGACGCACCCAAGGGAGGGUCAGAACCCUGUCUUCACGGAGGAGUUCAUCUUUGAUGACUUGUCCAGUGAGAUUAACAGAUUUGAAAUCAGCCUCAGCAACAAAACAAAAAAGAGCAAAGAAAGUGACAUCUUGUUCAUGCGUUGCCAGCUAAACCGUCUGCACAAGGGCCAGAUGAUCGACGAGUGGUUCCCUCUCAGCUCCCACGUUCCUCUGAAGGGCAUCGAGCCGGGCUCCUUGCGCGUACGCGCCCGCUACUCCAUGGAGAAGAUCAUGCCCGAAGAGGAGUACAGCGAAUUCAAAGAGAUGAUUCUGCAAAAAGAGUUCCACGUCAUCUACGCUCUGGCCAAUGUGUGUGGUCAGGACCGCUCCUUACUGGCAAGCCUCCUUCUGAGGAUCUUCAGACAUGAGAAGGCUGAAGCCCCACUACUCAGGACACUCAAUGACAGAGAGAUUAGCAUGGAGGACGAGGCCACGACAUUGUUCAGAGCGACCACCCUGGCCAGCACUCUGAUGGAGCAGUACAUGAAGGCCACGGCCACGCCCUUCGUCCACCACGCCCUCAAAGACACCAUCCUCAAGAUCAUGGAGAGCAAACAGUCCUGCGAGCUGAAUCCUUCCAAACUGGAAAAGAAUGAGGACGUGAACCUGAACCUGGCUAAUCUCCUCACCAUCCUGUCUGAGCUAGUGGAGAAGAUCUUCAUGGCUGCGGAGAUCCUGCCACCGACGCUGAGGUUCAUAUAUGGCUGCCUGCAGAAGUCUGUGCAAAAGAAGUGGCCCACCAACACCACCAUGCGGACGAGAGUCGUGAGCGGCUUCGUCUUUUUAAGACUGAUCUGUCCUGCCAUCCUCAACCCCAGAAUGUUCAACAUCAUCGCUGACCCUCCUUCUUCGACGGCGAGCAGGACCCUCACCCUGGUGGCCAAGUCUGUCCAGAAUCUUGCCAACCUCGUUGAAUUUGGUGCUAAGGAACCCUACAUGGAAGGUGUCAACCCCUUCAUCAAGAACAACAAACAUAGGAUGAUCAUGUUUCUGGAUGAGUUAGGGAAUGUCCCUGACCUCCCUGAAGCCACAGAGCACUUUAGGACAGACCUGUCCCGGGACCUGGCCGCGCUGCACGAGGUCUGCGCCGUACACUCGGACGAGCUCCGGACGCUGAGCAACGAGAGGGGCGCCCAGCAGCAUGUGUUGAAAAAGCUGCUGGCCAUCACAGAGCUCCUGCAGCAGAAGCAGGCUCAGUAUGCCAUGUCCAACAGCAACAGGACUGAGUGCACCAUCAUGUCACUGGCCGCUGCCAUCCAGGUAAUGUGAGUUUUACAGAUUUUCCACCGGGGAAUCGAAAGUGCGGAACGCGCAGCCAGCCAGCCAGCCAGCCAGCCAGCCAGCCCGCCCGAGUGAGGCCUCGUCCUGUGAGCCUCACAACCGACAGACCAAACUGAGUUUCUGCUUAACACGCAUGUGGCCUAGAUUCCUGGCAGUGCAAAUGCAAUACGGCCGUUCUCCGUGGAAAACCACUUGCUGCAUAUCUGAACACUGUCCUUCCAAAGCCCUUUUCCAAAACGUGUGCGGACGCGCGGCGCCUCGCCUCAGAAGGCCGAGUAGAAGAAGGGGGUUUCUGGGGUGGCCUGCGAUGCGCCGAACUGUCUGAACUGCUUUCACCCCGGUUGUUCCCGCCGCUCCCCUCGAGAAGCCUCGAGUGGCCGGCGACUUUCGCCGAGCGCCCUUCUCGGCCGCUCCUAAAAACUCGCGGGGACGUUAGAGGGGAGGUGAUCCAAAGCAUCGAAGUAGCGUUUUCUGCUGUCAUCAGGGAAUUUAAACAUAGCACCUCUAUCCAAGACGACACAAGCCUUAACUCCCUUUCUACUCACCGUCCUCUCCACCCGAUUUUAUGAUGAGCUCUUCCUCAGAACCAUUCGACGUCCACCGUCUUUCAGCGUAAACUUCCACGCAGCACGGGAACCACUUGUUACAUUUUUUUUUUUUUUACAUAUAUAAAUAUAUAUACACGCUGCUUUGUUUGUCGGUGUUACAUACUUAGGCUUGUAUAGAAAUAAACUGUUUGUGUAUGACAUAGCUGAACAGAGACGAAAGAUAGUCCAAGACCCUGUAGGAGAUUACUCGUAACCUGUUCCGUGCAUGUGUUAACCCUGAAUGGAUCCUUCUAUAGUGAGUGGGCCUACGUAUAUGCUGCUCUAACAACCGUCACCUGAACUCCCUCUAUGCCUUUUUCUCCCCCCUCUCCCCUCCCCCGAUGUAAACGAACGCUUUCACGCCCUCCGCACCGACUGUUUUCAUGUAGAUCCACUCUUGAGAAGUCAUGCCACGCACAGAUUUGCCACCUCCAUCGGGUCUGUGGCGCCGGCGCGUGCCUCCUCAUGAGUCGAGCAGCUGCAAAGUCUGAAUCUGUGCCUGUCAUAGCUUAAACGUUUACCAAACUGUUUACUGUAGUUGCACUUAAGAUACCACGGACCUCACCAAGUGUUAAAACGGACGACCGGCGACAGACGGAGGUGACGAGGAACGAGUCGAAAAAAAAAAGUCUCCGCAUCCGCUGCGGGUGAUGAAGGUAGUAGCAUUGUGAGAAGCUGUUGCGUUUCUGUGUGUCAUGCAGAUGAUGAUGAUGAUGAUGUGUUCCUUUUUAUUUUUCUACCUGAUACUGAACCUUGAACCUUUUGCAUCUUAGAUACGAGACAACCUGGCUAAAAUAAAACUGUUACUACGAACGA